AUGAGUCCUGUGGCUUCAACGAGGUGGUGUCCAACGCCGGAGCAACUGAUGAUCUUGGAAGAGAUGUACCGGAGCGGUAUACGGACUCCGAAUGCGGUUCAGAUUCAACAGAUCACAGCUCACUUGGCGUUCUAUGGCCGGAUCGAGGGUAAAAACGUCUUCUAUUGGUUUCAGAACCAUAAGGCUAGAGAUAGACAGAAGCUGAGGAAGAAGCUAGCCAAGCAACUUCAUCAACAACAACAUCAACUUCAACUCCAACUUCAACAAAUCAAACCAAAACCAAUAUCACCGAUGAUCAUGUCUCAACCAGAUAAUAAUAGUAAUAUCAUUGAUCAUCAUAUUCCUUACCAUCAUCAUCGCCCAUAUGAUCAUAUGUCCUUCACUUGCUGCUCUCACGCUUCUCCCAUGUGUCUUCCUCAUCCGGGAAAUGGAGGAGAAGCUCAAAACAAAGUGAUGAAUGAAUAUUAUUGCACCAAAAGUGGAGCUGAAGAGAUGUUGAUGCAUAAACAAAUCACGGGUCCAAACUCAUCGUACGGUCGAGAUUGGAUGAUGAUGAUGGAUAUGGGCCCACGACUAUCAUAUCCCUCAUCAUCAUCAACAUCAACAUCACCCAUUCCAUGUUGUAACAUGAUGAUGAGCAGUGCAAAGAUACCAUUGAAAACCCUUGAACUUUUCCCAAUCUCAUCCAUCAACUCAAAGCAAGACAGUACCAAACUUUAAAGAAAAGACAACAAAUACAAAAGAGAUUCUGCAGGUGUUUCAUUCAUGUAUCAGUACUGUAU